AUGGGUCUUUUUGGAUCCAGUUACCCCAACUGGAGAGUCAAGGAACUCAAUAAUGAGCUCAGCCUCUCGCACCUACGAACGUUUAAGAAAGGCGUAUCUGGUCUUUUAGUUAAUGAAGAGUUGGCCAACCUGAUAAUCAGUCUCAAGGAGCUUCUUUCCCAACGUGUAAGUCCGUCGUUGGCCCGUCUCCUUCAAAACACAUCUACCUCAAGCGGGGACUUUACUGCUAGCCAGCGCCUUGGCCGUGCCUCUGCUGACAAUGAGAAGACCGCCACUGUAAUCAACGACACCCUGAAGAGCCCAGGGUCGCUUUACAGCCACGCCAAAUGGUUACAAUCUGCAAUUCACGUUACACGCGUUGCUGGAAGGAUGGAUUCCUUCGUUGAAGAGGUCCUUUCUCUUGCAAAGGCGACUCAAGCCAAACAUCCGCUAAUCAAGCGGUUGUCUGGCGGUUGUAACAACGGGCGAGAAUUGUCAACUAAGCUCUCAGCCCCCAGAGGCGAUCUUGAUCAGUACGCAAGAGAAGGUCAAAUCCCGCCUUGGAACAUGGUUGGAGGGACAAUAAACAUGGCACACAGACCCCCCUCGGCACUAGACCUUUCUCUAAUGCCUCUUCCCGGACUCACAGACGAUGCCCCCCGGUUGAGUGACUUUCCUUACGGGGGCCUGAUACGGCCCCUUCAACAGUCAGCGGAGGAGUGGCUAGAGUACCCCCAGUAUUCCUCAAUAUCUGUCCCCCACACAACAGAACCGUAUGAAUCCUGCAUGGUCGCUGUGCCAGACUAUUUUGGCAACCCCUAUUCCUGUGAUAUGAUCUACCAAUCGCAACCUACACCCUCAACAGCGCCCGAGGUAUUUGGUGGACUCGCACCAACUUCAUCUUCGCCGACCCCCGUGCAAGCUUCCUCCAUCUCCGCUGUCACUUCCAGUAGGCUGAUCAACGAACAACCAUCUUUUCCAAAAAAGUCUGACUCCAAGUCCGAAAAUGAUCUGGCGAAGGACGGAGGGAGCGAUUUAUCGCCCCUUUUCUACGUGCCACAACAAGACUGUAAGAUGCCGUACAUAGGUGCUAGUAUGACGGCUUCAAAACUCACCCCACUAACCGACUAUGCCAUCACGGCUACCGAGCUUUCACCUCUACAGACAACACCACUCACGGCGGGAUCGACCACUGCUGCAUUGGAAUCGGGAAAUGGCGGCAGCUGUCAGCCGUGCUUACAAGUCAUAACGUAG